AUGUGCUCCAGAUCCGCAACAAGCGUCUCGCAAAGCUUUCAAAUCCCAACCCGGCCCCUGCUUCUGGCGACGGCGCGGCGGACUCGCCGCCGGGCUCUUCUCAUGCAUCUCCCGCCCACUCUCCGUUGCGGGCAACUCAGCCGUCCCCCCCAGUUCCCGAGCGCCUCUUCUUCAGCUGCACAGACACCAAAACACCCAGAUGGAAAGCGCAUAAAGAUUACGCCCGCUGUUUCCCCAGAUGAUACUCCGGAACGACCGCGAUCUACCGCACCCUCGAACGCCGGUACUCCCCCGCCCGCCAAAAUAGAAACCAUUGAAACUUUCGAAGACCGGACCUUGGGCGCUGUCUUCAGGUUGACCCUGAAAGAGGAAGGGCAGUACCAACGGGUCUAUCUCCCUGGACUCAGAAGUGAGCUGCAGGAUGAGGGUAAGGAGCUGCGCAUCGAAACAGCAAUGCUUGACCAGGCCCUUCUGGAGGCGGCAUCAAAAGCAGAGGGCCAAGGCCCACUCAAUUAUCUCCUACCGUGCUGGAAGCGUAUUACGAAGCUUCAAAAGCAAUUCAAGCGAACACGAGACGACGACCCGAAAUUUCAAGUUCUUUGCGAAGCGAGGCGACUAUGUAUGAGUUACUGCAUGUUCGCAAUGACUAUGCCGGAGAUGUUUGGGAUGGACACUCCAGAGCGGUCACCAUUGGCGUCGCACUUAUUAUUGGACCCUGAGGAUGACAAGGGCGUGGACCUGGAUUUCAUAGGCGAGGCCGUUAGGAGAUUUGACGAGGACGAGAGCAUCAAGCCGGCUUUCAUAGCCGCAGUCGAGGAAUUGAGUGUGGAGCUCUCGAACAAGGACGUUAAUGAUGAUUACAAGCCAUACGCUAUUGCCCUUCGGAACCUCGUUCGUCAACCCGCUAUAGCGGCUGCAAUCACAGAGUCUUCCAUCUUCAACCACUCGACAGACCCGGCCCAAUUCGAGAAGGUUACACUUCUGGGACCCUGGUUCCGCUUAUCACCACUCCAGGGCAAAGUCACCAUGUCAUAUUUCUCCAAUCCCAAAAGCCGGGAUCAAGCAUAUAUUCUGAACGCACAGCGAUCACUCCGGAUGACGCAACAGUUACUUAGCUCUGAUUUGCUCGAUGUUAUUAAUCACAUUAUCCGUGCUUCGAAAGAGGCUCGCGAGCGGGUUCUUGAUUGGUUCGCGGCUGCUCUGAAUAUCAAUCACAAGCGAAGGGCCAUGCAAGUUGAUCCAGAGACCGUCUCCUCAGAUGGGUUCAUGUUCAACAUCACCACAUGCCUUGAUCAGCUCUGCGAGCCAUUCAUGGAUGCCAACUUCACCAAGAUCGAUAGAAUUGAUGCCGAGUACCUCCACCGGGACUCAAGGGUAGACAUGCGGGAGGAGACCAAGAUUAACGCCGAUCAACAUGCCUCCGACGCCUUCUAUGCCAAGAAGGCAGAUGGUACAUCUAACUUCAUUACCGAAGUUUUCUUCCUAACAGUUGCUGCCCAUCACUACGGCAGCGAAUCAUUGACCGAGAAACUGGAACAGCUGGAAAAAGACCUUCGUCACAUGGAGUCAUCCAUCACCAAGUUUGAACUUGAGCGGCAUCGGUAUUCAGGCAACCCUGGCCAAUUGCGCAUGUACGAACAAGCUCUCAAGCGAUACAAGGAUAAGUAUGAUCUUGGACUGGCCUUGAAGUACAGUCUGCAGGGUGUUCUUUUCGACGACCAGUGGCAGGCUCGCUCGAUGCUGUUCAUGCGAUACGUCACCGUUUGGCUGCUGAGACUCGUAUCCGGCACCAAUUUCCCCAAACAGUCCAUCAAGUUGCCGCUUCCUGUGGAACAGCCCGAGAUCUUCAAAUGCCUCCCGGAGUAUUUUCUAGAGGACAUCGUCAGCAACUUCAAAUUCAUCAUGUGGUGUAUGCCUCAAAUUAUCACCGCCACCCAGGGAGAUGAAUUGGUCAUUCUUUGCAUUACCCUUCUUGAAAGCUCGGCCUACAUCAAGAACCCUUACCUCAAGGCUGGUCUCGUCUCAAUUAUGUUCCGCGGCACCUGGAGUCGCCCUGGUGGUGCCCGGGGUGUGCUGGUGGAUCUGCUGAACUCUCUUGGAUUUGCCAACGAGUAUCUUUUGCAUGCCGUCAUGAAGUUUUAUAUUGAGGCUGAGCACACUGGCACACAUACACAGUUCUUCGACAAGUUCAAUAUUCGUUAUGAGAUCUUCCAGAUCAUCAAGUGCAUCUGGCCUAAUACCCUCUAUCGAGAAAAGCUCUCCAAUCAGGCCAGCCAAAACCUUGACUUCUUCGUCCAGUUUGUCAACAUGCUUCUUAAUGAUGUGACGUACGUACUUGACGAGUCAUUCGGUGCCUUCAAGACCAUUCACAGCACCCAGACGGAGCUAAACAGGGAUGGAAGCACAAUGGACCAAGCCACCCGCCAACAGCGAGAGGAAAAUUUGGCCACCGCGCAACGGAGCGCCAAGUCAUACAUGCAGUUGACGAAUGAGACUGUAGCGAUGCUGAAGCUCUUCACCGAGGCUCUGGCAGACUCAUUUACAAUGCCCGAAAUCGUUCAACGCUUGGCCGAUAUGCUUGAUUAUAACCUCGACGCCAUGGUCGGACCCAAAAGCUCCACCCUGCGUGUUGACAACCUCUCAGAAUAUGGAUUUAACCCCCGAGCACUACUCAGCGAGAUCACCGAUGUGUAUCUCAAUCUGAUGGCAAAACAGAACUUCAUUGUUGCUGUCGCUCGGGACGGCCGGUCCUACAAGCCUGCCAAUUUCGAAAAGGCGGCCGAGAUUAUGCGAAAGUGGUCGCUGAAGGGAGAAGAUGAGAUGCACCGCUGGGGUCAAUUACAGCAGAAGGUUCAAGUAGCCAAGGCAGAGGAUGACCAGGCGGAGGAAGAUCUCGGCGAGAUCCCUGACGAUUUCCUGGAUCCUCUCAUGUAUACCCUGAUGGAAGACCCAGUUAUCCUGCCCAACUCGCGGACAUCAAUCGAUCGUUCUACCAUCCGCUCGCACUUGCUCAGUGACCCUCACGAUCCGUUCAACCGUGUGCCACUAAAGAUGGAGGAUGUUAUACCCGAUACUGAGCUCAAGGCCAAGAUCGAUGCAUUCAUCAACGAGCGUAGAGGUAUAAGCAGGGCUGCGAAAGAAGAGAUGGACACGAGGGCAGAUUAA